AUGGCGUCGGCGUUGUCUGUUAUCCACCGCGCACACGUACAGCUCACUCCCUCAACGUUCUCUCUCAGACUGCCUUCACUACAAGAAACGAAAUACUUUUGCAACACGCACCCCCUGGUGGUCUUUUUUGGCAACUCUGCGGAGAGGGAUCGUCUGGCCAGAAGGCAGCAAGAGCUGGAGCGUCGCUUGGAGACCAAGGACAACGAGCUUCACGACAAGGAAGAGGAGCUGUUCUUGCAGCUGGAGAAGGCCAUCAGGCUGGAGGAGGAUUGUGAAAAGAUACGGACAGAAAAGGACAGAAUGUAUGAGUGGAAGGACAGAUUGGAGCGGGAGAAAAAUGAAGCUUACCGUCAGUUGAAGAUGCAGGCAGAGGAGUCGGAGCACACAAGGCGCAGGUUGGAGCGAGCUCGCAACGAUGUUGUGCGACAAGUGACGGCCAUAGUGGCUGAGAAAGACUCUCUGGAACGAGAGAAUCUAAGACUAAAGGAAGCGCUGGAAGACAUUGAAAGGAAGAGUCACAGAAGCGGCAGAAGUACACACAGUGUCCAUGGCUUGGAGAAAGAGGUAUAUGACCUGAAGCAGGUAGCCAAGCAAAGUGCCACACUCAAUAGUCAGCUGAAGAAGGGUAUGAAGCACCUAGCCACCUGCAGACGACGCAAGUGUUCUGUGUGCGCUUACACUCGUGCCACCUUCGGCGAGUACGCCAACAACGAGAGCGGGGGUAAGAAGCUGUUCUCUUGUUUUGUGGACACUCGCAAGCGGUCACGGUCAGCGCAGGGCAGACACAGCUCUACGUGGUCCGACACGGAUGGUCUAGCAGACAGACUCUCAGAGAUAUCUGUGGCUCCCCCCUCCCCCUCAGAGUACUGUCCCUCCCCCCUGCCUCUCAAACACAUCUCCUAUAUAGAUGAGGGCUCGGACAGCAGCAGCGAGGACGAGAGAGAGGAGGACAGAGGCUAUGUCCAGACGGAUGCCAGCACCACGUCGUCUGCUCCUCACGCCUUCUCCUCGGACAGUGGGUUCAGCUCAGACACACCAGCCUCUCAGCGACCGUCACUACAUCGUGCCACCAGGUGGACGUCGUCCUUCCGCCGCCUGAUCCGUCGAGUGUCCAAACGCCAGCUGAACAAUACAACCUAGGUGGAUCUUGCCGAUCACUCUGUAUGUACGGGAUGUAAAUGGUGAAUGUGAACACUACUUGUCAUGUAACAGCUGAUCACAAAACUGUCAUUGGUUGUUACAUACGAAUAUGGUUGUGUUGUGUAAUGAAUGAUUUUUACUGCUGACCUCAUAAAGACCUUCUAAUUUGAAUUAAUCUAUUUUUCUGUAAACAAUAAUUGUAAUUUUGGUUAAAAACACUGGUCUGCCAUAUCCAAUCAUAGAUUAAUAUAUCUUUCCUUAACAGUUAAAUUUUGACGUUUUAGUAAUCGAUAUGCAUUUAAAUGCCAAUAAGAUCAAUAUUUUGUAUAGUCCAUACAUAAAACUUGUGGAGAGAUUUUAAAUUGGUACAGUUUGUCCUAAUCUCUUGCUUAUAUUAAUUGGAUUUUUUGUACACACAACCGGUUAACUUUUAUACUUGACAUAGAGUAAUUAAAAAUGUAUCCCGUUAAAAAACCAUUGAAAAAUGUUAAUUCUUGCUCAACUGAAAAAAAGACCAAUAUAACAAGUUCUUUUGUACAUGAAGCAGUUUAAUCAUUAGUAAUAAUUUUAUUACAAGAUGGGUGAGUAGUUCUAAGAAUCGCUUUUUGGCAAUGAAGCAGAGGGCGUUGUUCCCAGAGUUAGGCACCCUACAGUGGCAAGUAAUUUAUCAAGGAAUAAGAGAAGACAGACCUUUGACUCCUUCCACAUAUGUUGUGUAUAGACUACUAUUAUUUUAAGAUUACUAAUUUUUGACCUUGACUUUGUACUAAUGUUAUACAUUUUAUUUGUGAACCAGUUUAUCUAAGAUUGAAAUAUCGUUGAAAGGAAAGGAUUUUCUCUCGUUUAGAAGCUUGAUGGGGUCAGCACGUUCCUCGCGAUAGAUUUGCGCUCUUGUCCUAGUUUGUACUGUAAUUGUUCUAUUGGUUGUGCCUAUAAUUUUGGUGUAUAUAAUCUAAUGUUAAGUAUUAAUUUGCAUUUAUUAUUUGGGCGAGUUACAGGAUUUAUUCGAUACAGUAUUUUUGAUAGAGCAUAUCAAAGUGGGGUGUGGCACCUCAUCACUAUUCAUUGGCUGUCUUCUGUUAAUGGAAUAUUAUAUGGAAUUUGUUAUGUUUCAAGUGAUUUAAUGUAGUUCACAUAGGUCAUGCAGUAUUGUUUUGUGCAAUCGAUUCAUCAAAAUAAUUUUGAUUUUGCAAUAAUGUUGAGACUGAGCAUAUAGCAAAACAUAUUACAAAAGUAUACUGCCUAAAGGUUCUUUAUCAAUUUUAUUAUUUUAAAAAUACUUUGUUUUAUUUUUUUUAUUUUAUAUGUUCUUUGUUUAUUUUUGUAGUUGUUUUAGUUAUUACAUCUUGUGUGCUACAAGUGGAUUGUCUAUAAAAAUAAAUCUUCAAUUGAAGGUUUUUGUAAACCGGUUUUUAGUGGGUUUCCCAUUUUAUUAAUAGGGUAAUUUCAAUAAUUGUACCUAUUGGUGUGCACGUUUAAGUCCAUUUAACUUUUCCAUCGGGGGUUUUGAGGGUCUGUGGGUAUGGAGUACUUCCAGUAAAGAGGAGGGUUGGGGGGUGGGGGGCUUCCCCUGGAAAAUAGUUAAAAUUUAGGAACUAAAUGUUUGAUUUUACACAUUUCUUACUUACACUUCUCAGUCAAAUGCGAGAAUUAUUAACUUUUAUGUUUUUACUGCACGAUCCAACAAAUAUGUGUUUAACUUGGGUGUGAACCACAUAUUUGAAGGGCCCAGGGGCUCGAGCCACCCCUAGCCUAUAUUGACACCCAUUAUGUAAAUGUUAGUCUUACUACUUUGAUGCUCCCUUGAUGUUUAUCUAAUUUAAAUGUACUAAACCAAUAAACUUAAAUCCUUAAAAUGGCCUACUACCAAAAAGAAACCUUAGGAUUGGAAAAUAGCUUUGAUUUCCAAGUUUAAAAAUAUUAAUUGAAGAUGCCAAUGAAUAGGAUAUUUUAAUGGUAAAAGACAGGGUACUUCAAUUUAAUUAGUAUUGUAUGCUGUCCCACAAUAAUUGCAAUUCAUGUUUUGACAAUUUCUAUGUUUGAAGCAGGCUGUGGCAACCUAUCUGGUAACGUAAUGAGAUGAAAUAUAUUUAAACUAUUUCCAGUAUAUUUUCAAGUAUUCUGAACUAUUAGUAAAUCUAAUGCAUGAACUGUAGGAUAGAAGAAUACUAUCCUAGUAAAUAAUUUUAAAACAAUAAAUGUGGCAUACUUUAUGUUUAUGGGAGUAAAUGUAACAAUAGUUUAGUUUUAGAGUUACUGUACUUAACUGCAAUGUUUCAAUAUCAUAGAAAAUUUUAAAUACUUAGAUAAUAGUUUAGUCUGCACAAAGUAUUAACUAAAUUAAUUGCAGAGAUAAAUUUGUAAGAAUUAAAAAGAGGUGUUUACCAUACUCAAAUUCUAUAAACAUAGAUUUCUUAUAGUAGUUAUGAUUAUCCUAUUAAAAGUUUAUAAUAUAUCUAAUGUUCACUAUAUUCAGUUCAAUCUUGCUAAUUUAGGUGACAUUCCUGGGAGUGGUUAGUUAUUGAUGUGAGUUUACCGUUUGUUUUAUAUACAUAUUAUACAUAUUUAUUGCUGUUAAACAGUGCAAUGUUCUAAAUAUAAAAAUCAAAUACCUUGAUUGUUUUAAAACUUUUUAACUUCAUAUAAAUUUAUUCUGUCCAAAUCUUUCUAGUUGUAAAUUAAAUUUUACCAUUAUACAACAUUAUCGAUUAUUCACGGUUGUAUAAAAUGAAUGUUCACAUUUUAAGUGGAAUGAAAAGAGAUAGUUUGUAACAUCUACUAGCAUUCACAUUAAGUACUUUGUGUAUUAUCUUGAUUCUAAGAUUAGUUUAAGUAUUUAACUGAUAUGCUCAUCUACAUGUUUUUUAAUUAGGGACACCACAAUACAAAUGUACAUAGAUAUGUUAUUUUCGAAUCUAAUUCAUCAUAUUUGAAUUUCACAAGUCUUGUUAGUUUCCAUGUGAACAUUCAGUUUGUGCAACACUAUAAUUCAGUUUUUGUACACAGUGUUUUUCGUGUCCGCUAUACUUUAUUUCCUGUUGUAUACAUAUUCACCAUGUUGUUUAUAUGAUCCUGUAUAUAUAUGUAAGAUGUUGAUGUUGGUAAAGACUGAUGUAUUGCAUUCCUCAGUGUAUUACGACAUUCCUCAGUGAGUGUAUUUUGUGUUGGUAUUGGCAAUAAAAAUGAUGUAUGCAAGUAAAACAGCCUUCAGAGUAAAUGAAAAUUUUGUAUAAUAAUACUCAACUGACUGGAAUAGGCUUUUCUAUUUGCUUAAACAGAACAAUUUGUUUCAUAAAUUAUUUGUUAUACAAGUAAAAAGAUCAACAAUCGUUUACGCUUGUUUUUGAAAAAUUGUAUUAUGUUUUAAUGGAUUAAGCUGUUAGUAAUUUUAUCAAUUUACUAUUUUUAUAUUUUUAAUAGUUUUAUGAAAUCAGUAUUGACGCUUUAAUGAUUUCGUCUUCAUAAGAUUUCCAUGUGUCCAUUGCAUGAAUGUCAACUUGUUAAAAACAACCUUUUUAAGUUUGAUAAUAUUUUUCAUCCUUUUAUCUUGAAUUCCAAAGUGUCCCUGUCCCCUGGUCAAUUAGGUAAUUCUUCCUCUGUGCCAGAAUGUUCAAAAUGAAUAGGUGAAAAUAUCUUCAAUCAUUAGUGAAUUACUGAAAUAGAUUUACACUCAGGUAAUUAACAUUUUAGCAAAAACUAUUGGAUUGUCUUUCGUAAUUUCUUAUUUGGUCGUUAUAUAGUUGUGGUUUUCAGAGAAAAAGUUUCUUGCUAAUUGUAAAAUUAUUCUAAUUUAUCGGAAAAACAUGAAUGAUUUAACAUUUUGCAAUCGUACUAAUUUAGCAAACUAAUUGGUCACUAUACAACCAAUUUUGUCACAUGCAAUGUAAAAAUUGUUGUAACUACUGUAUUCUCUUCCAAGUCAACCAAGGUAUUUUUAGAACAUUACCAUCCUUCAGUAUCUUACAGAAACAUCUGUCAGACACAACUUUAUCACAAAACUAACCUCCCACUUUGAUAUUACAGGCAACCUGUUUUGUUGAACAGUUUUAUUUUCAAGUGUCGAUAACCUCUUUAGCAGUAAAUGUGUCAAAUGUGUAUAUAUGAAAUGUGUUGUUAAUGCCAUUGGAGCAAUCUGCCUUGAGAACUUGUGUUUCUAUCGUAUCUCUGAGGGCUUCAAUGUUGUUGAGAUCCUCAGAAGUGGUCAGAGUUUCUGUGGUAAAACAGGAGAAAACCUUGUAAUUAUAUUGUGCAGUUCUUGCUAAAUUAGCUAGACACUUCAUCCAAAUGACAAUUUCAUUGGAUACCUUUAUUAUUUAAUUUAACAUUGAUACUUUAGUUCAUUAAGUCUAAAUUUAAAUAUUUUUAUAACUUUUGUUACAUAAUGAGUUUGUGGUUUUGAGAAUCAAAGUUGAAUGGUUUAAGCACCCUUCCAACUAUAGCAAUAUUUUUUUCACAACUUUUUGAGUACCAAGCUUACUAUCUCAAUAAACAGGUAAACUAAGGUGUUAAAACGACUGCUUGAUGAUAAGUAACGGAAUAAUUGGAAUUCAAGGAUUGUUAAUUGAGUUUCCUACUUUCUUAAAAAUUACCACAAGAACUGUAACAAUAGAUUACGAGUGUCUCAUCUUGCUUUACCACUCUUGUAGGGCGUCCCAAGGUUCAUUCCACCACAUUCAGUGGUUCGGAAAUGAACUUGACCAUUGGCAAAUAGAACUAAAACACUAACUGUAAAUAGAACAUUUAUUUAAAAUACAAAAUUCUAAAGGUCAAAGAUUUUAUAACAAUAAAUCUAGAAUGUUGUAACAAGGAAUAUUUACAAUAAAUUAUUAGA